AGAUUAUAUUACUAAGAAAUUACAAACCAUUGCACACACUCCUUGAUAUACAACUUUAGUAACACAAAUGGAGCACUACGAGACCAUUUCAUCUAUCUGUAAAACAUGAACGCUCCAUCAGUAGUGUUGUUUCUCUCCUUUCACAAUCGUCAUGGACUUGUCGAACAUCCAAUCUAGGGUUUCGUCGUCCUACAUUCCGCUUCACCGUACUCAACUCCACCCUCGCAUGCACUCCCUCUCUCCUCCCAAACCCUCUUCUUUCCAAUCGAACCGAGACAAAUGGUUGAUCCUCGCCGCCUCUCUCUUCGUCGUCCCAUUCUUCUUCUACCUCUUCACCAUCGCUCGCGGAGUCCACCGGUCACCCAAAUUCGGCGAAUCCAAAUCCAAACUCUUCGGAAUCAUAAUCGACGCAAGUUCUACAAUGUCCCGAAUCCACGUAUUUGAGUUCUUGAAUGAAGGGAUGACUCCUUUUAUCGGCCUGGACGGUGCUGGUUCGAGUUCAUUGAAGGUCCGGCCGGGGUUGCAGGGGUUCGCCGGUGACCCGGAUGGGGCAGGGAGGUCGAUUUUGGAGUUGAUUGAGUUUGCGAAGAAACGGGUUCCAAGGUCGGAGUGGAAGAACACUAAAGUGCAGUUGAUGGGUACCACAGAGUUGGAGAAGUUGGGAUUGAAAUCCAAGGAAGCGGUUUUGAAGUCAUGCAGGCGGGUUUUGAGAUCGUCUGGUUUUUUGUUCAAGGACGAGUGGGCUGAGAUAAUGAAAGGUUGCAUUUGCUCCAAGAGAUCCACCACCAAUGCAACUUUCACAGAUAAUAAAACUUGCGGGAGUUACUUACAAUCUGUAUAUCCAAACCAUGCCUCAUCUUGGUCAGGAUGCAGUAUGGGAAUCACUGGGUGUGAUACAGAAGUCCAGAGACUCGUGGGCAGUCUCUUCAUCUAGAAAGGGCAUUGAAAGUAAUCCUUGCAUUCCCAAAGGAUAUGACUUUACAUCAAACACAAGUGAUGCGAAACUUUUGGCACCUCAUCCUGUUGGAAACUUUUCUGCUUGCAAAUCAGAAGUGAUGGCAUUGUUAAAGAGGAGACAAGGACCAGAGCUUGGGGAAGACGAUUGGCAGUGCUAAGAUGAUAGAUGGUCUCUACUAUUUUGAAGAUGAUAUUUCAAGUAAUAAAAAGGCUCAAGUUUUUUGGGCUGGUUCCCAAGGCAUCUUUACCUGAGUUGGAGGCGGCUGGCCAGCAUUACUGUGAAGAUGAUUGGUAUAAAUUGAAAAACCAACAUCCUGGCAUUGAUGAUCUGGAUUUAUUGAGAUAUUGUUUCUCCUCUGCAUACAUUGUGGCAUUGUUGCAUGAGAAUCUUGGUAUCACCAUGGUUGAUAAGAGGAUUGGAUUUGGCAAUCAGGGUGGAAGCACUCCCCUUGACUGGACUUUUGGAGCUUUCAUCCUCCAAACGAUCCAGGAGCCCCUAGAAUUUGAAACCGAUAACCUGGGUGAGAUUGUUGGAAGCAAUGCAGUCACUUACUUCUCUUUGUUUGCUGUACUUUUAACUGCUGUGCUUGGUUCAUUCUUUGUAUUAAAAUGUCAAAAACCACAAUUGAAGACCAUAUAUGACCUCGAGAAGGGGCACUAUAUUGUUACCCGUGUGCCCAGGUAACUGUAUCUUUGCUUUCUUUCCUUUUUUUCUUUGGCUUUAUAGUUCAUAUCUCCUUUCUCUUGCA